AUCAAUCUGUGGCCAUCUGCGUGAGUGGUGUCAGCUGUUGCAGAAAGUGACGGAGGACAUUAGCUUAGACAAAGAUGUCACUUGCAGAGAAAAUUGGUGCUAUUAUGCAGAGGCCUGGUCAAGAUGCAGUUGCAAAGGAUGACGUCCCUUGGUGGAUGAAAUAUGCUGGUCGCGGAUUAGGGACCGUCGGUAGUUUUGUGGCUAUUAUACUAGGAUUAUGGAGCUGUAUUGGUAUUGUGUUUGGUGACAUUGAAUGUCUUAUCAGUGGAAUGUGGCAAAUGAUGGCAGGUGCUGUUGUGAUUAUGAUAGAAGCUCCUUGCUGCUGUCUUUUUAUUGACUUUGUGCAAAAUGCUAGUGACUGGGUAGAGAAACGGCCAUAUUGGAAUAGGGCAGCUUUUUAUUGUCUUAUUGCUCUACCAUCUGUAUUCCUCUGUCGCGAGCUUCAGAGCAUAUUUGGCAGUGGGUUGAUCUUCACUACAGGUGUGAUCUAUGGGCUGAUGUCUCUUGGCAGAAAGGCAUCACAGGAGGAAAUGAUUAGUAAUGCUGAAAGGGAGAUAAAUGCUGCAGAAUCAGCCACGCCAUCUGGGAUGAGAUCCACUCUUGUUGACAAUGCAGAACCAAUGUCAUUGACUGUCUCUCCGAAGACAGCGUUUGACAGUGGUGUCUGAUAGCUGUGGCUCCUGUUUAUUUAUUGUUUUUUGGUAAGUGUUAAUAGUGAACUCUUGUUAUUGGGCAGUUUUGUAGACCCAAACAUACCUUAACUCUGUAUGGGGGUGUGCACUGCCAUCUUACCUCUGUAAUGAAGAACAGUGAUGUAAAUAUUAUGACUGGUGAGGUGGAAAUAUGGUAGAAAGAAGAAGUAUCAUAAGUUUCAUCACUAUUCUGAGUGUAAACUAGAGUGACCAUGGUACAUAUUGGUGAAGGGCCUGAAGUUGUUAUACUAACAAAGUUAGUGGUAUGAUUGAAAUAAAGGGCCCAACGCAAAAGGCACAUACCACCUUUGGAAUAUGAUAAAAGCAUCGUUUAAUUCUCUCUUAAAUUGCAAUGUGGCUCCAUUUUUGCUGUAUUAGUAUAAUUAAUAAUUUGAGCCACACUGUUCUUGCACCAGUAAAUCAGUUUUUCUUUUAAUAUAUGAAACCAUGUAAAAAUUAAACUUCAGCCAGAAGCGGCCUUGGUUUUCUGCUGGACCUUUCAAAUGGAUUAUUUCUGUAUUGAGAACAUCUCUUGCCUGUGGUCUUCAUUUAGUCACGAAUACCUUCUUUUACGAUCUUGCAUGCAUUAUCUUCAGGAAAGGAAUCAGAACACAAGUUCUUUGAUUUAACAAUUCAAUUUGGACUUCCUUCAUACCAUUAUUAUGCUGUAAAUUCUGCAUUGUGUGAAGUAUAUAUGAUGUACAUGAUGUUUCACUUGUCUGUAGUCCUGAAAUAUAAUGUGUAUCAGGCAUAUCAUAUAUGUAUAUAUCUGACAGUGGAGGAUGUCUGAAUUUGGUCUGUUGAAUUAUACAUUAUGACAAACAUUUAGGGAAUCGCUGGUUUUCCUAAUGAGAUGUUCUUUAACAUUUUUAAUCCCCCAACUCAUGUCUGCUGGAGAUAUGUCAGUACUUCUGAAUCUUAUUCCUGAUGUAAUUCCUAAUCAGAAAUAUAAUAUGAACAUUGGUUCAAAUCUCAGCAGCUGCAGAUAGUUAAAAUUCAAGAUUUGUGUAUCUUGCAGUGUUAAACAUUUGAUAAUGUAGUUCUUACUUUGCCAUGUUUUAUGGAAGUUUAGGGAAGUGGGGUCUGGUGACGACAAUGACCAGUUUUGCAGGCCGCCAUGAUGAAUCCAUUGGUAAUGGAACUACUCAUUUAGGUAACGUGUCACAUGUUGACUGAAAUGGUAUGUCCCAUCAUGUUCGAAGUACGUCUGUAAUUGUGUUUUGUGUUGCUCAAGACAUGUGAAUGACCCUAUGUUCUGCAUAAGAUUAAAGUCAUCCUGAAUUUAAGGUAUCUAGCUCUGUACCCAUUGAGAAUCAGACUUUUGUUCGUGUAAUGUUUUUGACUGGAAAUUACCACAGGAAUGAGAUUUUUAAGUAUUGUCAGUCACUGGACAUUCUGUAUGAAUGAUGUUGAGACCGAACUGUAAAUGCAGUUCCCCAUAAUUUUUGGCAUAAGAAUGGUGAGAACACCAUAAUAAUCUGUAAUCCCUCUUGGCAUAUAUACUGAUCCCUUUUUUAUGUAAUUAAUAGUGAUGCUGUCUUCUUCAGUUAUGUACUGAUAUUAAUUAAUAUCUGCUUCUGUUUGAAAGGUAUAAUAUAAUUUUGUUAAGCAGAUACGAUCUCAUUCUCUUCAUGUGUUGUUCACUUCUAACAGUCUGUCAUUUGGUAUUUGAGCUAGUACCGCAGAUUAGAAAUAUUGAAAUGGACUAGUUUAAGCCUUUGGAGAAAAACUUUAAAUUGUGCAAAGGACACUGCUGUGUAUAGUUUGUGCUUUCUUUGUGCCGUUCUUCAUCGCCUAAGGAUGUUUUGUGAUUGGCUGUAGCGAUGAUGUGAUUGGUUUUUUAAUACUCUUGCUCAUGAGCAAAAGUAUAAAAUAAAAUACCAACAAAUGAGAGUUGUGAGACUACAAUAUUAUUUGUGGAGAGGAUAGAGGUUUUGAAGGUGAAUCUGGACAGUGGAAACAAGAUGACUUCCUCCAACUAAAUGGAACUGUUAGCUGAAUAUGCAGAGUUCAUAUUUUUUUAUAAUUAACUUUUCCUGGCAAAAAUAUCACUUUUAUUGCAGGGAUUUUUAUACUAAUCUCAUUUCCAUUACUGAAAAAUUAUCACAUUUAAAGACUUGUUAUGGUGAGGUAAUGUAAUCAUAGAUUUUCCUUUGUUUUGUUCAUUUAUGUACAAAUAUAAGCUUUUGGAUAGAAAAGAUAAAUAUAACAAUUUUUCUGCAGCAUAAUUUAGAUUGCUGGCAUUAAUAUUUUUUCAUAUCUUGUUGCAUUGUCUCUGAAUGUUAGGAGUAAUGCUAGAGAAAUGGAUUCCCAUGAUAGGCAUACAGGACGUCUUUGUUAUCCAUGAUUAAUUGGAACUGGAAAAUUACAACUUAAAGCAAAUUCCCUUUAAGCAGGGAAUUUUCAUCCAUAAGAAAUAAUUUAAAUAGGGGUUAAUAAGGACUGGAACAUCCAAGGUUAGUGUGGAUGGGUCUGUAACCAGAGAAGGUAGCAUGCCUUCCACAAUGUGUUUAACAAGAAAUUGUUUCCCAGCAUUGUAGACUGCAUCAUGAUUAUCAAAUAGGGUGGAAAUAAUUGUUUUUGAUUUUCAAGCAAUUUUUUCUCUAGGAUGACCUAAUUGUAGAUUCUGUGCCAAAUAUGCAUGGUUGGAAACGCUAUAUAACAGAGUAUUUGACAAGAUAAGAACUUUUUCUUUCUCCCAUUUUUGCCAAAUAUCAGUUAUAUGGAGAUCAUGGGGAUACUGUUUUCACACUUGAAGCUCUUUCCGUGCAUUUUAUUAUAAUGUUUACAAGUGCUUUUAUUAUGCUGUUUUCUUUUAAACCUUGCUCUGUAAUGAGAUCCAAGUGGUGUUGGUAAUAGUGUUUUGUAAUAACAAGAUUUCACUGUAUUUUCUCUAUGUGUAAUAACUUGUAUCUGUUAGCAGCAUUAUGAACAAGUACUUUUUUUAAGGAUAUACUUUGAGCUCUUGUAAUUUCAUUCCCUGAGUAAGCAGUUGUGUACAUUAGUCUAUGAUCAGACUUUCUCUGAUUGUACAGCAUCUUUGAUUUGUCCCAUGUGUAUGUCUAAUGUUUUUGAGACUUGUCAUGGUGGUGAGAUGAUAAACCAUAACAUUUUUAAACAGGAACCAUGCAUCUCAGAAUGAGUGAUAUCAACUUUUCAAAAUAUAAGCCAUACUUUCUCUUCUCCCUCAUUGUGAUACUGUGCUUCAUUCCUCAGUUUUACAUCAUUCCUUCGUAAGAAUAAUACAGUAGCUUUCUGGGCAGUACAGUCAUGAUGCAAACUUAUGCAUUAUGGUUCAGCCCAUCUUCCUUAAUUUGCACUCACAAAAAUAUCAGUAAAUAAAUAAAUAACAGACAUGAGGUUCUGAAAGGUGAUUAUUACUGCAUCAUCUGUAUUAUAUAAAAAAACUGCUAAAUGUUUAGUGAUUCUUAUGUUUCUGCGGUAAUUAGAUGAUUAAAUGAGAUACUUUUAUAAAUCCACUUCAUUUAUGUGAACAUAAAUUUAUUGUGAAGGAUUGUAUCAUGAAUAAUUUACCUUGUAAGUGUUCAUGAAAUUAUUGCAUUUGUUGUAGUAUGGGAUAGUCAAAAUUGUUAUUUUAGAUAAUUACAUGUAUUGAUUUGAAGUCACAUAUGAUUUGAAUUUGUAGUUAUAUAUUCGUGUUAAAAUUCUAAAAAAUUUUCUAAUAAAAAUUCAUCACUAGAUUCCCACUUGUAUACUGGUGUGUGUUACAGUUGCAAAAAAAUUAUUUGUAGUUAAAUACAGACAGUAACUUGGGUAAUAAUUGGUUUCUUGUUAGCCCUUGUGAUUACUUUGCAGGUUUUUUGAAUGCACUCUGUAAUAAACGUGAAAAUUCAUAAGGAGUUUUGAAAGUCCUACAUGUUGAUUCAUUCACUUACGAUGUGGCAUGGCUGGAUUUAAGCUGUAAGCAUUUCUCCAUCUGUAUGCAUGUUUGGCUGCGUUGAAUCCUCCUUACUUUCCAUUGUAAUUAGUAGAAGUUGGUUCCUUCUAGCAACAGUCCUUAUUUUUCAUAUUCAAUAUGUCAUUUCACCACCCAUUAAAUUAUAAGCAAAAUUGUUCGUUCCUCUUUGGGAGACUCUUCUAUGGUUGUUGACUGUUCAUAUCUUUGUAGAAUAUGAAUGUAAAGGUAAAAGUGUAUGAGUAUUGUAGCUGCAGAUUAUGAACAAGUAUUAGAAGAUUUUCAUAAUAGGGUUGCAGUGUUCUUUUGAUUAAUGUUGGUGAAAAACAUUUAUAAUGAAAUUGUUGGAUGAUAUAGCUUCAGACUUCAUAUCUGGCAUCCCAAAAUCUGGGAGGACUUAAAAUCCAUGCUUUUCCCCAGGCUUCUUCCCCAGCAGGAUGUAGUCACCUACAGUCAGAAGAUAUAAGUUAGGAGGUAUUUUAAGAAUUUAAAAUAAUGUUACAUUGGUAAGAAUCUGAAAGCAGAAGAAUUUGUAUUUUGUAUAAUUUAGUAGAUAAUGCAUACCUCAACAAAAAUUUGUAAUUGUUUAUUUAGUCGGUAUUAAAAUUCCUCUGCAUGAAUAUUCAAAAUUAAGUAAAUCUAGAAUCCAAAAAGCCUUGGAUCCCAAGCUUUUCAAAUAAUGGGUCUGGUGCUGUAUAUAUGAAGUGCAGAAGGAUGAUUCUGUUUUGGGUGAAGUCAUAUUUAGUAACUUAAAACAAUCAUAUCUAAUAAAAGAUCAGUCCAUCUGGUUGAUAACUACAUUUACUAGUGCACGAUUCUUUGAUACCAUUUUCAAUUUUUAUCCAGGUUGUUAAAGAAUUAAAUAUAAUGGUUGAAUAACACAGGUAGUAAAAAAAUCAUGUACACGCGAUGUUAGUUUGUCAGUUAGAAUUUGGAAGUACCGAGUUUAUUAUUUAUUUAACUAGUAAGUCAUAUUCAGAAGUAAACCUACUGUUGGCAUCGUAAUUUGAGUAAUAGGGUAUUAUUUCAGGCCGCAUUAUAAUUAAUUUCAAGAGGCUGGCGUGACAGAAUCAUGUUAUGUAUUGAAAACUUUAGAAUGAAUGGGAAUUGGGACUAAUUGCCUAGUGUUACUGAAGUGAAAGUGAUAUUUAUAACAUCUGUUUAUGAUGUACAAGUUUAUUGAAAGUGUUAAUUUUAUAAUUGUAAUCUUUGUCAUUGGGAGAAAUGUUUUAUUAAAUACUAGUACUUUUAAUUUAGUGUGGCAAUGAAGCACUAGUAGGCAUUUUAUUGGCACUGACAUUGUGUUAAUAGAAAUAUGUUCAGCUACAGAUAUGUGCACACGAAGUUUGUUAAACUGCGUCUCCCUCUGUCCUUCAACGCGGCAGCUAAAUAAUAAAAAAGAGGAGGGAAUGGAGUUUGUUCCGUAUUACUUGGUGUGCUGUGGCUGGGGCUUUUAAUUGUUUGUGUCUGACUCUAGUCCUUGUGGUCCGAGGCCACAUUUUUCAUGAUUUCCUGACCUGUUCUGCUUUCAUAAUCCUGGAUUUGCUCAAUCUUAGGGUUGCCAACUUUUUCAUUAAUAAUCACAUUGUAAGUUAGUAACGUAUGAAUAAGUUGUAUAUUUGUUUCAUUGUUUUUCUAUAAUUAAACUUGUAUGCCAGUUUCAUCAAAUCGCACUUUCCAUUUGCACACAAGUACAGACAUAGUGAGACUUGACAAAAUAUAAGUGUAGACAGAAGAAGAAAUGUGAAAAUGCUGCUUUCUGACUUGAUAUCAUAAAAGUCUUGAGUUAAUAUUCAAGAAAUCAUACUUUUACAAACUUAUGCCGUAUUAAUUAUUUUGAUGUGUGAUAUAUUGUAGGAUUUAAUUAAUUGUCAUAAGAAACACAAUUAAUUUUCAGUUGACGUAAAUUAUACUUUGGUUUUAUGUGUAAUUUUUAAUUAACUUUUAAGAAACCUCUGAUUCUGGAUGUAAGAAAUUAUAGGUAGGCCUAUCUUCCAUACUUAAUGUUUCCAUUAUAAUUUGUGGCAAAUACUUUGACCAAUAUAUUUUUAAUGAAUAUGUAACAUUGUCGCAGUUUGAAAACUUUGGUAUGGCAACCUGUUCUGGUCCAGUUUUAAUGUGUAGUGAAUUGUAGGAAUGUUGAUUGUAUUUCCCUUUGAAGAUGUUCACUUCGCUUUUGGAAGAAAACAAAUUUUGUGUAAAUAAUAUUUAGUGGCAGCAUAAAGUCCCUGGCUGGAAAUAGGUCGUAGUGAUUCUGUUUCUUUCAGUACUUUCAUUUGUCUACGCGUUAUUUAUGUAUCAAUGUACAUACAGUUGUAAUAAAGGUUACAUUGUGUAUGCUGAAGUGUGGUUUUAGUUGCUCAUAACCUAACUAUUGUUUGUUUGAGUGUGUAAUUGUGUAUAGUAUACUAUGGGCCUGUAAUGGUAUUUUUUGGACCACAUAAAUGUAUAUGUUCUAAUAGAGGGUGGUAAGAAUAAAUGUGUAACAAAUGUA